AUGUCUGAAGCACGGAGGCUUUUUGAUUCUCUGAAUGAAAAGAAUUCUAUCGUGUGGACAGCUUUGUUUACUGGUUAUGUCAAAGCACAGCACUGUAAAGCUGUAUUUGAACUGGUGAAUGAAUAUAGAGGGAAUGCAAACAUUUCUUUUGAUGUACCCAUAAUCAUCUGCUUGCUAGGUGCCUGUGCAUUGCAGGUGGCCCUGGAUCCUGGAAAACAAAUUCAUGCUUACUCACUAAGAAAAGGGAUGGAAAUGGAGGAGAAGCUGAUUAGUGCCACAAUCGACAUGUAUUUUAAGUCUGGCAGUACUGAAUAUGCAGGAAAGAUAUUUCAAAAACUCACGGAAAGAGACUUGAUUCUCUACAAUAUCAUAAUUUCCAGUUAUGCAAAUCAUGGGCACGAAGAUCAAGCUAUGGAGCUGUAUAAAGAAAUGUUGGAGAGAGGAUUGAAACCUGAUGAGGUCACCUUUAUUGCGCUUCUAUCUGCUUGCCGUCAUAGUGGGUUAGUGGAAAUGGGGGAAAAGUAUUUCAAGUCCAUGGUAGAAGAUUACAAAAGAGUGCCUAAAACGGAUCACUAUGCCUGUGUGAUUGAUCUGUAUGGAAAGGCAAAUCUACUAGAAAAGGCAAUGGAUCUCAUGAAGAAAAUUCCCAGGAAUUCGGAUCCUGUGAUUUUGGGGGCUUUUUUGAAUGCCUGCAAGAUAAAUAGGAACCUCAGUCUCACAAGAGAAGCGGCAGAGCAGCUAUUGGUUAUUGAGGAAGAUAAUGGAUCUCGGUAUGUGCAGCUGGCAAAUGUAUUUGCAGCUGAGGAAAAUUGGGCAGAGAUGCGCAAGAUAAGAAAGAAAAAGAGAGGGAAGGAAACCAAAAAACUGGUGGCUGCAGUUGGGUGUAUCUCGAAAAUGGAAUUCAUGCAUUUGCCUCUGGCGACACAUCGCAUUCAAAAGCAGAGGCUAUCUAUUCGAUCUUGGAGUUCCUAUCUGCAGAUCUACGUGUGCUACCCAAUUCAAGUGUUGGAAAGAUUACAACUUUAA